CUUUUGGUUCAGUGUAAAAUGGCGGCAACACUGGCUGGAUGCACUCUUUUUGUGUAACGACGAUUCAUCUGCGAAAGAGAAUCAUCCGCAGUCAUCGCAUUUUGUGCAGGAAGGAAAGAAGACGAUUUCGGCCAUCACGGCUCCGUUUGCUGAAGGUAAGCGUAAAACUACUCGAUCCGCUGGUGCGUUCACAUUUUGACCGGUCUCGAGGGAGAAAGUGUAGUGGAUAGUCCCAUUUUCGGAACAGCGAGUGCGAUUGCAGCAACCUGAACUUUCGUCCGAUUAAAACAACGAAUAUGACCCUCAAUCCGCAGUACGAAGAGAUUGGCAAGGGAUUCGUCACUCAGUACUAUGCCCUGUUCGAUGAUCCCAACCAAAGGGUGAACCUGGUCCAGUUGUACAACGCGGAGUUAUCCUUUAUGACCUUUGAGGGUCAGCAAAUUCAGGGAGCGGCCAAAAUUUUAGAAAAAUUACAGAGUUUGACCUUCCAGAAGAUAAACCGGAUACUGACGGCGGUAGACUCACAGCCUACUUUCGACGGUGGAGUUCUUAUAAACGUUCUGGGCCGAUUGCAAACUGAUGAAGAUCAACCUCACGAUUAUACGCAAACGUUUGUACUAAAGCCGAUGGGAACCAGCUUUUUCGUCCAACACGACAUCUUCAGACUAGCGUUGCACGAUAUGGCGUAGCAUGUCCUGGUCCUCUCAAGCGCUUUGCUUCUCUCCCGGUUAGCGUAAAAUUAUCGUUUGUUUCUGCGUAAUCUGUUACCUAAUGUGUAUCCAAGAAUGCAACAAUACUAGACAAACAAAACCGUGCGUGAAUUGUUAGAAGAGACAAAAAAUUCUGAAAUAACUCGAAGUACAGGGCCUCGUUCGAAAUCAAGCAAGAAAAAACGGUAGUCAAGCAACAAACACGGAAAAAACCUACGGAACCUUCAAAUGGAGCCUUUCACAUGCACAUACACACGUCGCUAUAUUGUUAAACGAAGCAUGAAAGUAAAACAUCCGCCACAGAAGGUCUUGAAUACGUCACAUGUCUUAUUUUCCCGUUUUUAUGUAUGAAUACAUUUUGUUUCAUUACAUACCUACUAAUUUAUAACAAACACUUGACCUUAUGAAACUAUUAUAGAAGUUUAGUAAAACGAAGAAUAAACAAAUUUAAAAAAAAUCUUCAAA